GAACCGAAUAACAGGUCCUCUGUAGACUCCUGAAGACCGCAGAAACCUAUGCAGACGGAGCAGAAGGGCUGAAGCAGCAGUUCCCCGGGGAUUUGCUCAAAGAGGAACUCAGAGACAAUGACUUGGUUCCUUUUUAGAAUCACAAGGACUCUGACCAUUUUAAUGGUGAUCCUACUGGUUCAUGGAGAAAUGAGAAUAGAGAUAAAAGAAGUACACGGAGAAAAUGGGACAGCAGUACAAGCCAAAAGGAGAUAUAAACGUGAAUGGGUCAAAUUUGCAAGACCCUGCAGAGAAGAAGAAGACAACUCGAAAAGAAACCCCAUUGCCACAAUUAGUUCAGAUUUCCAAAGAACACAGAAAAUUACCUACCGAAUUUCUGGAAUGGGAAUUGAUCGGCCCCCUUUGGGAAUCUUUGUUGUUGACAAAAAUACUGGAGAAAUUAACAUAACAACCAUCGUUGAUCGUGAGCAAACCCCAAACUUCCACAUCACAUGUCAUGCUGUAAAUGCCAUAGGACAAGAUGUAGAGAAACCACUUAUAUUAACGGUCAAAAUUUUAGAUAUCAAUGACAACCCGCCAAUAUUUUCACAAAGUAUAUUCAUGGGUGAAAUUGAAGAAAACAGUCCUUCAAACUCAUUGGUGAUGAUACUAAAUGCCACAGAUGCAGAUGAACCAAACCAUCUGAACUCUAAAAUUGCUUUCAAAAUCAUCUCUCAGGAACCUGCAGGCAUACCCAUGUUUCUCCUUAGCAGACACACUGGGGAAAUCCGUACUUUGACCAAUUCUCUUGACCGAGAGCAAGUUAGCAGCUAUCAUCUGGUUGUGAGUGGUGCAGACCGAGAUGGAGAAGGACUAUCAACUGAAUGUAAAACUAACAUCAAAGUGAAAGAUGUCAAUGACAAUUUCCCAAUGUUCAAAGAAUCUCAGUAUUCAGCACGUAUUGAGGAAAAUACUUUAAGUUCUGAGUUGCUUCGAUUUCAAGUAAUAGAUUUGGAUGAAGAGUUCACAGAUAAUUGGCUUGCGGAGUACUUCUUUACUUCUGGAAAUGAAGGAAAUUGGUUUGAAAUACAAACUGAUGCUAAGACUAACGAAGGUAUCCUGAAAGUGGUUAAGCCUCUGGAUUAUGAACAACUACAAAAUGCACAAUUUAGUAUUGCUGUCAAAAACAAAGCUGCGUUUCACCACUCAGUAAUCUCUCGGUAUCGAGUCCAGUCCACCCAAGUUACAGUUAAAGUUAUAAAUGUGCUAGAAGGAAUUGCAUUCCGUCCUGCUUCCAAGACGUUCACUGUCCAGAGAGGCAUGAGCAUUAAAAAGCUGGCUAAUUACAUCCUGGGAACCUAUCCAGCCAUUGAUGAAGACACUAACAAACCUGCCUCCAAUGUCAGAUAUAUCAUGGGACGUAAUGAUGGUGGUUUUCUAAUUAUUGAUUCAAAAACGGCUGAAAUCAAAUUUGCCAGAAACAUUGUUCGGGAUUCUACUUUCAUAGUUAACAAGACAAUCACAGCUGAAGUUCUGGCCAUAGAUGAAAACACGGGUAAAACAUCUACAGGCACCAUAUAUGUUGAAGUACCUGGUUUUAAUGAAAAUUGCCCAACAGUUGUUCUCGAAAGGGGACAAAUUUGCAGCUCAUCACCUUCCGUGGUUGUCUCUGCUAGAGUGCAGGGCAGUGAUAAAUAUACUGGCCCCUACACAUUUUCACUAGAGAAUCAGCCUCAAAAAUUGCCAUUUGUGUGGCGUAUCACAGAAAUUAAUGCUACCUCUGCGCUACUAAUGUCCCAGGAGCAGCCCUCCCCUGGAGUAUACAGAAUCUCCCUCGUAAUUACAGACAGACAAGACAGGCAGUGCGACACUCCAGAGAGUCUGACUGUGGAGGUCUGUCAGUGUGACUACAGGGACAUCUGUACAGCCCCACACACUGGAUCCAGGUAUAGAGAGUAUUCAUCUGUGAGGCUGGGGCCUGCUGCCAUCGGCCUGAUACUCCUUGGUCUUCUGCUACUGCUGUUGGCGCCCCUUCUGCUGCUGACCUGUGACUGUGGGAUGGGUCCUAUUGGGGGAGCAACAGCCGGCUUCAUCCCAGUUCCCGAUGGCUCAGAAGGAACAAUUCAUCAGUGGGGAAUCGAAGGAGCCCAACCUGAAGACAAAGAAAUCACAAAUAUUUGUGUGCCACAUAUAACUUCCAGUGGAGCUGAUUUCAUGGGAAAUUCUGAAGUUUGUACAAAUACCUGUACCAGAGGAAUGGCGGUGGAGGAAGCUUCAGGAAUAGAACUGACCACCAAGCUUGGAGCAGCCACAGGAUCUGGGGCAACGAUGGGAUCUGGAGCCGUCGCAGGGCUCGGGGCCACCACUGGCCUUGGCUUCUGUUCUGCAGAACAGUCUGCAACAAUGCAAACAAGGCAUUCCAUGGGAGGAACCCACAAGGACUACUGCGAGGGAGCAAUAAGCAUGAAUUUCUUGGAGUCCUACUUUUCUCAGAAAGCAUGUGCCUGUGCAGAGGAAGACGAUGGCCAGGAAGCAAAUGACUGCUUGUUGAUCUAUGACAACGAAGGACUGGGGGCUCCCAGUUCUCCUGUGGGCUCCCUGGGUUGCUGCAGUUUUAUUGCUGAUGAGCUAGAUGAGAGUUUCUUGGACUCACUGGGCCCAAAAUUUAAACAACUUGCAGAGAUAAGCCUUGGGCUUGACGACAAAGCCAAAGAAUCUCAGCUACCUACCAAAGACAGCGGUUCUGGGAUUGUAUCCUGCGGCGGUUCUGGGAUUGGAUCCUGCGGCCAUUCUGUAGAAAUCCAGCACUCAGAAUGGGUAGACCCUUCUAAGUGCCAGACCUUGUCAGGCAGUCAUGGAGUGUGUGUUUUGUCUGCUUCUGGCUCUGUCCUCCAACCAGCCAUUUCCAUUCCUGACCCUUUGCAGCAGGGGAGCUAUUUGGUAACGGAGACUUACUCAACUUCUGGCUCCCUCGUGCAACCUUCCCCUGCCAUCUUUGAUCCACUUCUCAAGCAAAAUGUCAUCAUGACAGAAAGAGUGAUUUGUCCCAUUUCCAGUAGUCCUGGCAACAUACAUGGUCCGACUGAGCUACAAGGGCCAUGUAAAAUGAUCUGUAGUGAAGAUCCUUGUUCCCGUCUAAUAUGAUCAGAAUGACCUAACUGGCCACAAAAGCAUCUUUGGACCAAAUUAUCCAUAAUAUCAUAGCAAGGUUCAGAGUAUUGGUCUAAUCUGGCACUUACUGGCUACUCUCAUAAAGUGAUCAUAAUUACAGUUAAAAAUUUUCUAGCUCACACCCCCAAACUGAAGAUUUUGCCACUCUUAAUUCUCAAAUAUCAUUUGAGUGGUAGUAAAUGUUAAUGUUUUUCGAAAAACCUUAACAUAUUCAGUAGGAAAAUUUCUUAACAAUUUUUAAGCUUCUACUUUUGCAGUGCCAAAGAAAGGUGUUUAUCGCUUUAAAAUGCAAUGCACUUUUAGUAGAUUAAGCACUUGGAGUCAAGAGUCCCAGUUCUUGUCUUUGUCACUUUUUCUUAUAUCAUUAAUAAUGAUGUAAGUGACCUAAGGUGUUUGCUAAAGCAUUUUGAGCUGCUGGGUAGGGAAAAACAAGAACUAGUCACAGUUGAAUUUUUUUCCAUCUGCCUGGUGCUGGGAGACCCUAAGUGCAUCUUUUGCUCAAGCUGAGUGCUACUGGCUUAUGAAUUAAACUUGCUACAUCUAUAUGCCUCAUAUUCUAACAAUAAGAUAAUUUUAUCAUAGAACAUUUAGGAAAGUUUAGUAUGGUGUAAAUAGUAUUUUGGGUUUCUUUAAUCAUCUUGAAAUGAUCUAUCCAAAGAAAAUGUUUUAUACUGAACUCCUUCCAACACACUUCUCAGUAACAGAUCCUAUGUUAAUGAAAAAUGCUCUUUAUUUUUUAAAUGUCAGUGGAUGGAUGUAACUUACGUACGAUAUAUCAUGAUGUUUAUUAUGUUAACAAUGUCUACAGACUUCAUGGGACUACAAAACAUGCCUUUUCUCAUAAGCAAAAGAGUCCUCUAACUAGAAUAACACAAGAUAAAAUUUGUAAAUAUGUAUUAUAAGCAGAAUUUUAGGUCAAAUAGGAUAUGAAAAGGGAUUACUAGGAACCUCUAUUUUUUUUUUAAGCCUUACAAAUUUAAAAUUAAACAGCUACAGAAGUUUAAUUCUUGAGUGUAACAAUAAGUUAGUGAAGGUUUA